UUGUUGUCAAUGACAACCAAAGUAACGUUCGGACCGGACGGUUUCAGUUUUGGCUCGUACGUGAGUUAGCCUGGUUCAUUCAGUUAAGUAGUUAAACAACUAUUAGACAAAUAAAACAUAGCCGUGUCGUUGUGUGAAGUGGUGAAACAAUGGACUCAAAUUCGCUGUCGUAUUCUCUGGACCUCAUUGCCAGCAGCGGACGUAUUUUAAAUAUUGAACAGAGAACCGCACUUCAGACGUCCAUGUUGAUCCUGAAGAAAAGCUACAAUUUCAAACGGGUCAUGUUCUGGGGGAAACUUCUGGGCAUAAAGCAGGACUACUUCAUUGCUCAAGGGAGAAGUGAAGAUGAACUAAAAAAUAGAACAUAUCUUUAUAGCUUCAACUGCAUGGACUGGCUCCUUCUUCCAACUGUCACUGAGAGCAUGAUUGAAGAAGUGACCAAAACUGCUAAGGGUCAUUUCAUAGGAGACCCCGCCUAUGUGUAUGAACAAAAUCUGUACUUUCCGAUUGAGUCAGAAGAAGAAGCAGAGGCUAACGUGACCAGAGUAAGUGAGGAGAACAGACUGGCAGUGACUCUUCAACAGAUUGAUGAAGAAGUGUCUGUGGUGCCCCGAGGUGCCUUCAUCAGGACCCCACUUGGCCUUGUCCAUGUCAACCGCAGUUUUGAGGGCCUUUCUGAAUCAGAAGCAAGGAAGCUUGACAAUUUUCUACACUUCCGUGAACCGAAGAGAGCAAACACUUUAUAUCUCGAAAGGAUGGGGGACUGGUGCCCAGCCAUCGACUUCCUGGAUGUCCUUAGUGACGACAUUCCUAAAGGAUCGUGGAGUCUUCAGUUUGAGUGUGCCAGCAGUGUGUGUAUUCUGCGCAGCCUCCUGUGGUUUGGACUCACUUUCUACCAUGUGCCAAAUACGCCACAGCAUGGAUACGUCUACAUCGGCAACGGGCUGAAAAACCGGGACCUUCCUUUUAUGCUGUAAUAUAAACAUGCUGUUUUUUUGAUCUCA